AUGGCGUCCCUGGCCGUGUCCGCGGACGCGUCGGGCGGCCUGCCGCGCAUGACGAAGGAGCUGCUCCUCGCGUCGUGCCUCGAGAACGACGGCUACGAGACGCCGGAGCUCAACGACAACCUCUACCUCCACUUCAAGGGGUUCCAGCGCAUCGAGAACCUCGAGCCCUACACGGGGCUCAAGGGCCUCUGGCUCGAGGCCAACGGCCUCUGCCGGGUCGAGGGCCUCGGCCACCUGGGCGAGCUCCGGUGCCUCUUCCUGGGCCGGAACCUGCUCCGGACGGUGCACGGCCUCGACGGCCUCCGCAACCUCGUCACGCUGGACCUCAGCGAGAACCGCAUCGCCGUCCUGUCCCACCUCGGCGCCGCGACGCCGAGGCUCGAGACGCUCAACGUGAACAAGAACGAGCUCGCGGACGCGGCGGCGAUCGGCGAGCUCGCGCGCCUCGGCGAGCUCAAGAACCUCCAGAUCGAACAGAACGCCCUCGCCGGCGACGACGUCAUCGCCGCCCUCGCCGCGGCGCCGAAGCUCUGCGGCGUCAACGUCAGCGGCAACCCCUGCGUCUCCGCCACGCCGCAGUUCCGGAAGCGGUGCCUCCUCGCGAUGCCGCUCCUCGCGUACCUCGACCGCCCCGUCUUCGAGGGCGAGCGCGAGGCCGCCGCGGCCUGGGCCGAGGGCGGCCACGAGGCCGAGCAGCGC